AUGUCGGGGCCUCGCGCAUACCAAACACUUCUGUCGAGGCAUUUCAGCUCCUCUAGGCAGCAGCAGCGCGAGCAGCACCCAGCAAAGCUUCAGCAGCAGCAGCAGCUGUUAGAAGGAAGACAACAGCAGCAGCAGCAGCAACAACACCAGGAGCAGCAGCAGCAGCAGCAGCAGCAACAGCAGCAGCAGCAAGAACAGCAGCAAAUGCAAGAGAGAAGCCGCGCUUCUCCCGGGCUGCAAGAGCAGCAGGAGAAGCAGCAGCAGCAGCAGCACCAUCAUCAUCAACAGAAACAGCAACAGCAGCAGCAGCAGCAGCAGCAGCAGCAGCAAAAGGUGGUGUACGCAGCAGCAGAAUUUCAGGUGUACAGACAGGAGCAUCGAUAG